ACAGAAGCCCCAAAAGAGGAGAAGGAAAAAAAAAAAAAAAAAAGGCCAGUAAAAACGACUUCUCCGACAACUCGAAGUAUAAAAACCAGAGAAACGUAGAAGAAGAAAGAGAAAAAUCUACUCAUUUUCUCUUCUUCUUGUAUUUAUGAAGACGUUGUGGAAGAUCAAUCAUAGAUUCCGAUUCCGGAGCUUUAUAUCCUGCUGCAUUUCUCCUCGAAACUGGAGAAAUUUCCGGCAGAAGUAGAGAAAUUCGAGUGGAUCUGUGGAGUUUCGAUUAAUUUGGGAGGAGAUAUUGGGGUUUGAUCGGGAAAAUUGGCAGGAGAUGAAUUCUGGUGUCAAAUUGUUUUCUUUUUGUGCGGAAAAUCAAUAAAAGAUUCCGAUUCGGGAGCUUCAGGUCCUUCUGCAUUUCUACUCGGACGUGGAGAAAUUUCCAGCUGAAGUAGAGAAAUCAGAGUCGAUCUGGGGAUUUUGGACUCGUCUGGGAGGAGAUCUUGGGCCCUGGUUGGAGAAUGCUGCGUUGGAGCUGCGGUUCGGUGGAAUUCUUUUUUCGGGUUUUUGUUUUUGCGGAAAAUAAUUACAGAUUCUGAUUCGGGAGCCUCAGAUCCUACUGCAUUUCUAUUCGAAAUUAGAGAAAUUUCUGGCGGAAGUAGAGAAAUCUGAGUCUAUCUGGGAUUUUGAAUUCGUCUGGGAGGAGAUCUCAGGCCUUGUUCGGGAAAAUGCUGUGUCGGAGCAACGGAAGGAAAAUUCCGGAGUGAAAUCGAAAUAGAGAAAUUUGUGUCGAUUUGGUGAAUUUUGACUCGUUUGGGAGGAGAUCUUGGACCUUGAUAGGGAAAAUGCUGUGCAGGAGCUGUGGAAGGUGAAAAAUCGGUGACUUAUUCACUAUUGAAAUGACGUAGAGGUGUUGCGGAGGAUUGGCUGCAGUGGGCUGUAAGGAAUUCGUUUCUUUUUCUUUCUUUCCGCUGCUGUGGAUCAGUGUUUGUCAUGGAGUCGCGAAUGGAUCAGUAUGAGAUAAUGGAGCAGAUCGGACGGGGUGCAUUUGGAGCUGCGAUCCUUGUGAACCACAAGUUGGAGAAGAAGAAGUAUGUUUUGAAGAAGAUCCGGCUCGCACGCCAGACAGAUCGGUGCCGUAGGUCUGCUCAUCAAGAGAUGGCCCUCAUUGCACGGAUCCAACAUCCUUUUAUUGUCGAAUUCAAGGAAGCCUGGGUAGAGAAGGGCUGCUAUGUUUGUAUUGUCACUGGGUACUGUGAAGGCGGAGACAUGGCUGAGUUGAUGAAGAGGACGAAUGGGGCAUUUUUCCCAGAGGAGAAACUCUGCAAGUGGUUCACGCAAUUAUUACUGGCCGUCGAGUAUUUGCAUUCAAAUUACGUCUUGCAUCGAGACCUCAAGUGUUCCAAUAUAUUUCUCACUAAGGACCAGGACGUUCGCCUUGGAGACUUUGGGCUUGCGAAAACACUAAAAGCAGAUGAUUUGGCUUCUUCUGUAGUUGGAACACCCAAUUACAUGUGUCCAGAAUUGCUCGCUGAUAUUCCCUAUGGCUUCAAAUCAGAUAUUUGGUCUCUAGGUUGCUGUAUGUAUGAGAUGGCUGCCCACCGCCCUGCAUUUAAAGCUUUUGAUAUGGCUGGACUAAUAAGUAAGAUAAAUCGUUCCUCCAUUGGUCCUCUUCCAGCAUGCUAUUCCUCGUCCUUAAAAACACUUAUUAAGAGCAUGCUGAGAAAGAACCCUGAGCAUCGACCGAGCGCUGCUGAAAUUUUAAGGCAUCCUUAUUUACAACCGUAUGUCGAUCAAUACCGUAUGUCCCCUGAUUCCAUAGCCCAUUUGCCAGAGAAGCCCAUCAGCUCCACUGCACGAAAUGGUCAUAAGAAGAUGUCAGAAAGCCAAAACAGCAGCAUUUCCAGCAGUGACAAGGAGAGUUUGCACUCUAGUGAGAAAAACACUUUGGCCCAUGUAUUUGACUGUGAUCACAAGGCUACUGACACAGAUAUGGCUUCAACCGAUGAUGGAGUUGAAUGUGAUAAUAGCUGUAUUCAGUUGCCGGCAGCAGACGAAUGCCUGCCGGACGACGAACAUGUCUCUGUUGUCGCAACUGUUGGGAGCGAUGAGCAAGAUGCAAUAAGAUCACUACUUGGUGGUGACCAGAGGCCCAGAAGUGAACCGAAACAACCUAAAAUUAUUAAGAAUAUACUGAUAGCUCUGAAAGAAGAAGGGAAAGUUAGAGAAAACAGCUCCCCUGUGAGAGGCACUCGUGUAAAGGCUGGUGGUAUUUCCAGCCAAAAGGCCAACACAGAGUCAUUGCCGAAGGUGCCCAAACCCAGUAGCACUGUGUCUGCCGGCAUCAGGUCUAAUGCAGAGACUCCUGCUGUUGUACCUGCCAAGGCAAAUGGUGAUUCUGUGAAACGAAUGCAGGGCUCCCAGUCAUUGAAGCAUCUGUUACCUGCAUUGGAGCCCUCACCGAAGACCAAACCUAGACAUGAUGGGACUCCACCUUCCGGUCCUAUCAAACAAGUUACUGAAGAUGUAGUUUCUGUUAAGCCGAGGCAACGGCCUCCACCUUCCAAUAGUGCAAGGCGAUCUUCAUUUCCGGUGCAGAUGAAAGCUGCAGGACUUGACAUUGCGACCCCCGUUACCAAUGGCAUCAAGCCUGCUCCAAGUGAGACUAUCCAAGAGCGCAAGAAGACUCCGAACUCGACCAGCAAUGGAAGCCAAGAGUUGAAAGAGAUUCCUGCAGAGCCUUUUAAAAAGGCCCAGAUGGAUUCAAACAAUUCAAAAGCAUUGCCAAAGCUGUUCCAAGGCUUUGGGUGUUCUACUCCAAAGGAGGAGAUCACUGCCCCAUGUUCAGUACAUCCAAUACCAAAUCAUCAUGAAAGGCUCAUGUGCACUGAGAACUCAGAACCUGAUCUGCCGACUUGCUCGAGUGCUUCACGUAGACACCCUGCCCAGCCUGAGAAUCUCCUGGAGGAAAGCCAUGCACAUCUUGAUAGAUCUGUAUCGUGCUCAGUUGAGGACUCCUUGGUGAAUGCGGUUCCUCAUGAUGGUGAUCUGAGUAAUGAUGAAGUUAGCUCAAGCCCAGCUCUAGAGCCACCAGUCCCAUGCUCCGAAAAGGGAUUUCUUUGUAAAGAUGAUUUCACCGUUCGCAGGACUAAUCUAAGCCGUGCAUCCACACCUGGCAGUGAUGACAAGUUCACUGUAAGAGAAUUCCUGUCGUCCAUAACGGACACUACCAUCCCUACUGCAGUGUCAGCUACCCAAAAGAGCUUGGCCCAGGAGAAGGGACCUACACCACCUAGUCCGGCUGUUGAGAAGGCGGCAGCUACCCAUCUACCCCCUGCAUUUGAUGACGUCAUACACGUCAUUCGGCACAGCAGCUUCCGAGUCGGUAGUGAGCAGCCGGUGAUGGAAACCAUGGAAAUGGGUGUCCAGAAUAUGGAUGUUGGGAGGCUACUCAAUGUGGUUAGGGAGGAGGUGGAUAUGAGAAACACAGCACCAGCUGCCGCUCUGAAACCAUCGAGUUGCUCCGAGGUUGCGACCACGAAAUCGAAUUUUUCAGAGAAUGUCGGCGUCAAAGAGGUGGAUACGAGGAACCCAGCACCUCCGGCCCCAAAACUUGAUUUCUUGGAAGCCGUGAGGUCCAGCGGUCCUGAGGCAGCUAACCUUGGUUUGAAGGAAGAGGACGCCCUAGUGCAGGAGGUGCUGGAUGUGAAAUCUUUUAGGCAGAGGGCGGAGGCGCUGGAGGGGCUACUUGAGCUGUCUGCGGAUCUCUUGCAGCAGAGCAGAUUGGAAGAGCUCUCUGUUGUUUUGAAGCCCUUUGGGAAGGACAAGGUGUCCCCACGAGAGACGGCCAUCUGGUUGGCGAAGAGCCUCAAAGGAAUGAUGGUGGAGGAUGCAGGGCGGUCUUCGUGAGGGGGAAACAGAAAGACCCACCUCCUCUUUCUGUGGUAAGUCGGUGUUUCUUCUGAGUUUUCAUUGUGUUUGUUUUACGUUGGAUUUUUUGUUCUCCUAUUCAAAGAUUCAAAGUUCCAUUUGAAUUUCUGAACAAACCAAAACCCAUCUUUCCAUUGUCUUCCAGAUUCUUUGUGUUUUUUUUUUUUUUUCCUUUUCUUUUCUUUUUCUUGUAUUCUUUCUAGUGUAAUAGACUUCGUAUGUUGUAUAUAGGGGAAUGUACUGUGUACUGAAUAAAUCUGAAUUUUUGCUCCAA